GUGUCAUAUGGGUGAUUGUAAUGCAGCUUAUAUCGAUUUAACACAUGGAGGAAAAUAUUAUUGUGAAGCAAGCUGUCGCAGAACAAGAACACGUUCUUGCGAAUGUAAGAUUGUAAACUCCCAUAACUCCCAGCUUUAACACGUGGUUAAAAAUGGCUGCGCAGUUGUCAGUGUAAUCAUUUUCUGUAUUCUACUGAAAUUGAGUAUUAACCGACUUUAGGAGGCUUCGUGUGACAUUUUCUUUUAAACCAAGGUCGAGGAACAUGACAGACAUUUCAGACACAACAACCCUACCUGUCACUUCAGCACUAAAUGACAAAGACGUGCAAGAAGUCACAGAGCAAGAUGUAAAAAGCAAAGAAGAUCCAUCAGGAGGUGAUGGGGAUGUUACUGUGGACCCCAACUCCAAUGUAUAUCGAUAUAUUAAGGAGGAUCUCUUCACCUCUGAAAUCUUCAAAGUGGAGAUUCAGAACCUGCCCAAGUUCAUUGGCUUCAAUGAUCUCAAGAAGUUCCUCACCAAGCAUGGGCUGAACCCACAUAAAAUCAAACUGUUUGGCAAACAGACCUUUGCUUUUGUCACUUUCAAGAACCAGGAGGAGAGAGACAAAGCCAUGAAAGUGGUUCAUGGUGUCCAAUGGAAGGGCCGUGUCCUAAGUGUGCGGCUGGCCAAGCCUAAAGCAGAUCCCAUCCUGAGGAAGAGAAAGCAGGACGAGGCUGAAGAUGGUAGAGAGCCCCUCUCUAAGCGCCAGGGGAAGGACGGAGACCAAGAUGAGAGGGAAUCAGAGCCUUUGAGCACACAGCUUGCUAAUGUGGUCACCCCCUUAUGGAACUUGCCUUAUGACGAACAGUUGAGACAGAAAGAGGAAGAGGUGCUGGGGAUUCUGCAAAGGUUAACCAGGGAAAUAGGCAACACCAAUAAGGCUAUGUUGCCCUGGCUGUUUGUACAGAAGGAGAAGAAUAAUGGCACUUGUUGCCCUUUAGAGAAGAUCCGGCCUUCUCCAGUGCAGACUGACUACAGGAACAAGUGUGAGUUUCUGAUUGGGAUGGGAGCAGAUGGCCAAGACAAGACUAUAGGCUUUCGCCUUGGGAAGUAUAAAGGCGGCACAUGCGCAGUUGUGGGACCUGGUGACACCAUUCACGUUCCACCAGAGACCAAAAAAGUGGUCCAAGUCGUCCAGGAUUACAUCAGGACUACUCCAUACUCUGUCUACAGUCCUGAGACCUAUGAGGGCCACUGGAGACAGCUGACAGUGCGGACGACCAGGACCAAUCAGGUCAUGGCCAUGGUGUUCUUCAACCCUCAGAAACUGACAGAAGAAGAGAUUGAUGGACUAAAAAAGUCAAUGAAGGUGUAUUUCACUGAAGGAGAAGGGAAAGACAGCGGUGUCACGUCAUUAUACGUUGUCAAACAUGGACAAAGGACAUCACCAAACACAGAUGACCUACCCUGUGAGCAUGUCACUGGAGACGAGUGGAUUCAUGAGGAGCUCCUAGGCUUGAAGUUCCGCAUCUCGCCACACUCAUUUUUCCAGAUCAACACACCGGCUGCAGAAGUGUUGUACUCUGCUGUGGGGGAAUGGGCACAGCUGAACCAGGACAGCACUGUGCUCGACGUCUGCUGUGGGACUGGCACCAUCGGGAUUUCUCUGGCAAAGAGAGUAAAGAAAGUAAUUGGAAUUGAGCUGUGCCAGGAAGCUGUGGAAGAUGCCAAAGUCAAUGCUAAGCUGAAUGGAUUGAGCAAUGUAGAGUUCUACUGUGGAAAAGCGGAAGAUGUUUUCCCCACUGUGCUCAAUGCAGUUGUAUCCCCUAAUGUCACUGCUAUCAUUGACCCACCAAGAGCAGGAAUGCACUCUAAGGUAAUUCUGGCCAUAAGGAGAGCAGAGCAUCUUAAGAGGCUGGUUUACGUCGCAUGCAAUGCCAAAGCAGCCAUGAACAACUUCAUUGACCUGUGCAGAGCACCUUCCAACCGUGUGCGAGGAGCUCCGUUCCGUCCUGUGCGAUCGAUGGCUGUGGACCUGUUUCCCCAGACGCCUCACUGCGAGACCAUCCUGCUCUUCGAGAGGGUGGACUACAGCUCCAUGGACGAGAAAGAGAAGGAUCAGCCUGCUGAUGCCAAACCUCAAACAUCUUAACUGCUCUCUGUCCUGAUAACGUUUUCUUUUUAUGUCCAAAACAUUCAGAUUGAAGUUUAAGAAUUAGCAUGUGUCUGCAGUGAUUGUCAGACAAUAUUUGUAUAGAGUUUGUUUUGGGUAAAUGUAGGACCGUAAAGCUCUUUUUCCUUUUGAUCUAACUGCACAAUGUUUGGUGUACAUGGACAAUUUUGUAAAUGAAUAAAAUGGACUACCUUACA